GAGGAGGAGGAGGAGGAAGGGGAGAAGGAGGAGGAGAAGAAGGAGGAGGAGGAGGAGGAGGAAGAGCCGGCAGAGGCAGCAGCAGCAGCCGCUGCUUUCUCAGAAGAGAAAGCAAAAGCCGCAGGCGGCUCGGUGCCGCCCGGCAUCCGCGGGGCUGCGCGGGGCUGCGCGGAGCGGCCAUGGCCCGGGAGAACGGGGACGGCGGCGGCUCCUGGAAGAAGCAGGCGGAGGACAUCAAGAAGAUCUUCGAGUUCAAGGAGACGCUGGGGACGGGCGCAUUUUCCGAGGUUGUUUUGGCUGAAGAGAGAGCUAGUGGAAAACUAUUUGCAGUCAAGUGCAUUCCCAAGAAGGCACUGAAGGGGAAGGAAAGCAGCAUAGAGAAUGAAAUUGCAGUCUUGAGAAAGAUCAAGCAUGAAAAUAUAGUUGCCCUGGAAGACAUCUAUGAGAGCCCAAACCAUUUAUACCUGGUCAUGCAAUUAGUAUCUGGGGGAGAGCUUUUUGACCGCAUCGUUGAGAAGGGGUUCUACACUGAGAAGGACGCGAGCACCCUGAUCCGGCAGGUCCUGGAUGCCGUCUACUACCUGCACCGAAUGGGCAUCGUCCACAGGGACCUCAAGCCCGAGAACCUGCUUUACUACAGCCAGGAUGAAGAGUCAAAAAUCAUGAUCAGUGACUUCGGAUUGUCAAAGAUGGAGGGCAAAGGAGAUGUGAUGUCCACAGCCUGCGGGACUCCUGGCUAUGUUGCUCCUGAAGUGUUGGCCCAGAAACCCUACAGCAAAGCUGUGGACUGCUGGUCCAUUGGGGUCAUCGCAUACAUCCUGCUCUGUGGCUAUCCCCCUUUCUAUGAUGAAAACGACUCCAAACUCUUCGAGCAGAUCCUCAAGGCGGAGUAUGAGUUCGACUCUCCAUAUUGGGAUGACAUCUCUGAGUCUGCUAAAGACUUCAUUCGGAAUUUGAUGGAGAAGGACCCUAAUAAAAGAUACACCUGUGAGCAAGCAGCACGACACCCUUGGAUUGCUGGAGAUACAGCACUCAACAAGAACAUCCACGAGUCUGUCAGUGCUCAGAUCCGGAAGAACUUUGCAAAAAGCAAAUGGAGACAAGCGUUUAAUGCCACGGCGGUUGUGAGACACAUGCGGCGGUUACACCUCGGCAGCAGCCUGGACAGCACGAGCGCCAGCGUCUCCGGUACCCUCGGUCUUGCCGCACCGCUAUCUGAUGCAACCACCCGGAAAGAUUAGUCACAGAGGCCAUCUUUGAUGCCAACAGCAGAGUGCUCUUGCUGGGAAAACAAAACUAAAAAUCCAGAAAACCUCCAGCUGGCCCCUUAGCCCGCAGAAGAAGGGUGAGGACAGGCUGCCCGUGAACUCUGCGAGCUGAAAGUCAGUGUUGCAGUGGCAGGGGCUUAUGCUGCUGAUUUUGCAUGUGACUUCAUUCCCAGUGCAUCCUCACUGCCUGCUGGAUCACCCCUUCUGCAGCACGGAGUGGACAUGCCGCAUGGGGGGAAGCAGGAGUACGGGGAAACCUGGCAGUGAUGCUUUCCUGAGACUGUGUUACCUUGCUGGUGAUGUCUUUUCUGUCCUGGUUGCUCUUGUACAGGUGCCGUUAGAGUAGUGGAGUCAGAAAAAAAAUAAUAAUAAUUGGAUUUUACCUACUCCUCGUGUGUCUGUUUUGGUUGUGGCACUGAAAUAAAACCAAGAAAUGAUAAAGGUUCAUUCCUGAAAUGAAUUGAACCACAGAAAGGGGUGUCUGCCCUCUGGUCGUCAUCUUCAUGUAGUCUGCAAUAGGCAUUGGAUUGGGUUUUGCUCUGUGCGUGUUCCCUGCAUACCUCCAUGGCUACCGACAGUAUUUUUUCUGUAAGCAGUUCUCCUUCUUUCUGCUCAGCUCCAAGGAGCUUCAGAGCUUGCCCAAAACUAUUUCCCAGCCCUAGGACCCAACACAGCCAGAGGGAUGCCCAAGAAGAGCAGUGUCAGCAGCCCUGAGGCUGCCCCUUCCUUAAAUAUGAGCCUGGUUUUAGCGAAAAAAGCCCCCAAGGAAAGCCAGAGAGCUUUUAGCCAUUGGUGAGCAGGGAGAGUUUUGUCCUUCAGUGUGAAUUUGGAGUCAACUAGAUAAGCUAUAAGGAAAGCUCUGCUAACAUUUCCCCCUAGGGUAACAGCUCCAGGUCUGAGCAGUGCUAGCUAGGUGAGCUCUGCAUAAAAACACCAGUCUGACUCUGCCAGCGAGUUCAGGCAGACAGUAGACUGUUGCUUUUGGUUUUUCUAAAGAGCUGAGGGACUCAUACGCCUGCAGAAUAGCAGCUUCUAGCCUGAGCCCCGAGGUGCAGAAGUAUCUUCCUUUCAGCACAUGGAAAUUGCCAUUUAAUGGGAUUACUUGCAUUCAUGCUCCUAUGCAUGUUUAUCUGGUUGAACUGGAGCCUGGACGCAUCCCUGAAAUUAUUCAUGCGAAGGGAGUUUUGCCUUCAUUAUCGUGCUUCUUUGCACCAGAAACUCGAUGCUAAGAACCACACUCAUUCAAGCAAAGACCAGAAACACACCCGGAGACUGCAGCAUCCAAAGCAAACAGCAUCAAAAUGGAGCACGGAGGACACGCUGGCAACGGCUGAGUGCAGGAACCUGCCCACAAGCACUGUGCAAACAGGGUUUCCCCUGGUACAUUACUCAUCCCUGAUUUCUUGCCCAGCAACAGUUUUACUCCAUCCCUUUCAUUUCCCCACCUUCCCUGCAGCUGGGUCCUGCCUGCCCGCCCCUGCGUGCGUGCGUGUGCUCUGGCCCCAGGGAUCGCAGGCCCCACUGCUGGGAAAUCAGGAGCUGGUUCAGGUUUUUUGGUCCAACUUUGUGCUGUUGGGUCAAAGCUGUGUACAUAGCGUUUAUAGCCGAGGACAAAGGCUUUUUAUCCCAGACUCUGGUUUUCAAGACCCCUUCCCCACCUCGAAGCGUGCCACUGCUUUGUCCAGUUGGUUAUUUUAUUCCUCCUUUUCAUAAACAGUAAGGUCAGAAGAGCAGCUCUUACAUUUUUCCAUGCCCCAGAGCGGAAUCAUGGCUUGUACACUCGCAAGCGCUGAACUAAUGAUAACAUCAAAAUGUCCAAUAAAUGCAUGUUACUGCACUGCAUGUAUUAAACUGCUGUUCACUGUUUCUGUAUUUCCCAAGCCUUUUCUUUAUGCACAUUCGAUCCAGCCUUUUCUUCAAGGGGUUUCUUCUAGAUUUUGCUUUUAAAUGACUUAAUGUAUCUGUAACUUGAAAUCCAUCGUUAAGUUUGAGUAAAUGCAAAAGCUGAUGUUUUGUGAACAAGAUACUGCAAAACCUGAUAAUGUAUUUUGUCUUUCUGUGGAAUGCUCCGCAGCAUGUGCAGGAAGAGUCACCAUCCAGAGCAGCUGAAAACUAUGCAGCAGUCACAUACACACAUCUAGAAACAGGGAGUCGGGGAGGGUCCCCCUUUGAACAUGAUGUAAAAAGUUUGGCCUGCAUCUAAAAU